AUGAGUGGAAUUAGAAUUAUUGCGACGCGAACCCAGGUGGAUGGAGACUCGGUGAAUCUACAGAUCGUCGGGAAGAAUCACCACAAAGAGAAGGUACUGGGGGUUUCUACAGUUAUUGAGAAGAUCUGGAAAAGGCAUGUCGACAAAUCCAAUUAA